UAACGCUGAUAUGUUGGCGAGUUCCUUCACAAACGAACACUAACGCGACAUGACGCUUGUUUAACAAAGCUAAUAAAGAAGAAAAAAUGGAUAAUCAGAGAAACAUAAAAUAUUCGUCGCAUCUAGUGCUGACUGCGGCGCUAUCGGGCGGGAUCACUAUAGCAUUGUCGUUAAUAUACAUUUUGCUGAGCAUAGCGGCUAUAAUAUUCAGAUUUAACGAUUGCGACUUUGGAGUUACAAAUAAUGGAGCUAAUUAUUUUUGGAAGACUAUCAUCAGUGCCUACAUUUUAGAUGACGAAUGUGAGAUCUCGUUCUUAACUCGCAACCAAUUGGACAUCACGGGAUCUUACACCGUGUUCGUUUUCGCCACACUCACUCUCAGUUUCUCCGUGCUGUGUUUAAUCACUGCCAGCGUGCUUGUUGCAACUAUUCAAGAUGGCGGUGCGGCUCGAUACCUCAACAUCGUGGUGUCAGCUUACAUCGGAAGCUGUUUCGCAGCGUUCGUCGUGGAUCUGACCACUGCCACGCAUUUCGGAAUAGACCACACUACUUUGUCGAACAAGUUGGCGGAGUUACCAGCAGGGUCUUCAUCCAACUACAGGCUCGAAGUGUUACGUCACGGAGCGUUCCUCAUGAUGACGAUAGGACUGAAAGGCUACGUCGCACCCUUAGUCCACAUGGUACUGCUAAUCCUACUAAUUGUUUACUUGUUGGAACACAGGAAACAAGUUAAAAAUGCUGAGCAUUCUAUCCACAAACUGGGAGCUGUAAAUGCAUUCGAUCAGCCAAGGAAGCCAGACGACAAUGCCUGGGUAUCGGAACCUGAUGUAUUUUCGCCAUUUUCAAGAGGAGCACAGGUGAAUAAUGGCUUUAUCAGAGACGAUGAGUCAGAUCGCCCGCCGCGGCCGCGUGUUCCGCCAAAGAUAGAUUAUAGUAAUUCCAACCGUUCUUACGACCGCUCCGACUCGUGGCAACGCGGACAGCCGAGCUUGAACCACAGCAACCGGCCCUUCUCGUACCUACAAGACAUCAAGAGGCCUGGGCCCAUGAGGCCUGCGCCUUCCCAAGAGCUUCCUUGGAACCAGGACAAUUCGCCAUGGUCCCAAGGCCCGCCCGUACCGCAGCCAGACUACAGCCCACAGCCAAGACGAUUAAAAUCCGCACUAAAACCAGGUUACUUGUAAACGGAGAUUGGUAUUGUUAUUUUGAUGUAAAUUUUCACAAAUUAAUUUGUAUAUUUUUAUUCUUUCGCGACUUUUCAUAGCGCUGACGAUCAAAUUGCUUGAUUUAUUUAUUUUUUUAAAAGAGGCUGGCUCUGAGCGUAUUUUUAGAUAUUAUUUUACGUUCCACCCCUAUAUAAGGUGUUCUCGACAAAUGUGAAUCUACUUCUAAUGCAUUAAUUGUAUGCGAUACGCUUUAUACAAAUUAGCUAUAUUGUGUCGCAUUACCUACUCAUGACUAUAAUUCUGACUUUUUCAGUGCUUUUAUUUUCUCAUUAUAUAUCGUCCUUCUUUUCCCUUCAAACGACAUUCCAACUGAAUGAUAUAAAUACCUAAUUUAAUUGUCUAUUUAUAAUGUUUACAUUGUUAAUUUAUAUUGUUAUAAUUUAUAUUCACUAUCUACCGGAUAAUAAGUAGUUAUCUGAUAUCGGAUAGAUAGGAAAUACAAGCCGGAUACUGGAUUAUCCGUAAUUACCAGAAAAGAAACUCAUAGGAACAUAAUAGUUCUAUGGCAGUAUGGCCGCAUCGCAACAUUCUCGCUAGAAGGGAAUUUUCCAAUUUCAAUAAAACAACAACUCAAAGUAACAUGAAUUUAUUUACACUCUAUUUAAAAACUAAGUAAAAACUGUAAUAAAGAAAUUUUUAAUUA